CGCAUCUACAUAUCUAUAAAACCCACCGGCGGUUAUCAAAUCCAUGUCAGUCACGCACUAUCCUAUCCAAAAAAAUGUUCACUAAAAUCCUUGCAGUGAGCGCUGCUCUGGCGGUGGCCCAGGCCGGCCUCCUCAGCCACGGGGGCCACGGCGGGUACUCAGUAUCAUCCCAGCACAGCGUGGUGCAUCACGACAACCACUACGGCUCCCUGGGGCACUACGCCGCCCCCGCCGUCCACGCCGCCCCCAUCGUCCACGCCGCCCCCUACGUGCAUGCCGCCCCCAUCGCCCACGUCGCUCCCAUCGAACACCACGCUCAGGACUACUACUCUCACCCUAAAUACAAGUACUCUUACUCCGUGGAGGACCCCCACACCGGCGACCACAAGUCCCAGCACGAGAGCCGCGACGGAGACGUGGUGAAGGGAGAGUACUCGCUGCUGCAGCCUGAUGGCUCCUUCCGUAAGGUGGAAUACACCGCCGAUGACCACAACGGUUUCAACGCGGUGGUGCACAACUCCGGGCCCAGCCACCACUCACCUGCUCUGAUUAUCUUGUGCAAAAUGUUCACCAAAGUGGUCACCCUGAGUGCCGUGCUGGCUUGCGCCAGCGCCGGUCUGCUGCCGGUUCACCACGCGGCCGUCUCCUCCCAGAGCAUCGUGAGGCACGACGCCCCGGCCCACUACGCCCCGGCUCACUACGCGCCGGCUCACUACGCCGCCCCCGCCCACUACGCCCCGGCUCACUACGCCGCUCCCCUCGUCCACGCCGCCCCCGUUGUCCACGCUGCUCCCAUCUCGCACCCCAAGUACGACUACUCGUACUCCGUGGCGGACCCUCACACCGGCGACCACAAGUCCCAGCACGAGAGCCGCGACGGAGGCUCCGUGCACGGCAGCUACUCGCUGGUCGAGCCCGACGGUUCCGUGCGCAAGGUCGAGUACACCGCUGACGACCACCACGGAUUCAACGCGGUCGUCCACAAGACCCCCGGCCACCACCCCGCCCCCGUGGUGCACGCCCCCAUCGUGCACGCCGCCCCCAUUGUCCAUGCCGCCCCCCUGCACUACGCCGCCCCCGUGCUGGCGCAUGGACACCAUGGCUACCUCGGACACUACUCAGUAUUACUAAGCGCAGUGGCGACUUUAUGCCAUGCCAGCUACAUCGGGCACGGACAGGCGAUAUCUUCACAGACCAUCAUACGACACGACGAACACAAUCUGGACCACGGCCAUAAUGCAGGGAGUUAUUAUCCUGAGGACCACAGUGGACUAGAAGGCGCAUACGAUGCUGGUCUGAAUUCGGGGUACGGUGGCUAUGAAGACUCUCACUACGAUACAUACAACCCCUUGGCGAUAUACGCCCCUACCUACAAGACUUAUGCGCCGCCUAAAUACACGUACUCAUACUCGGUGUCAGAUCCGCACACCGGCGACCACAAGUCGCAGUUCGAGACCCGCGACGGCGACGCGGUGAGGGGAAUGUACUCGUUCAUUGAGGCGGACGGCAGCGUGAGGACUGUUGAGUACACCGCUGAUGAUGAGCAUGGUUUCAACGCCGUGGUCCACAAGACGCCUUUGGCCCAUCAGACUGCAUUGGCAGUCUUCUUCUUCGCGGCUUCGGUCCAGGCCAUCUUCCCGCUGUUCCAUCAUCACCACCACCACCACCCGGCGAUCUCCCACCAACACAUCCACAAGCACGACGGCCACCACCACCCCGUGGCGAUACACCACCCGGUGCCGCAUCACCUGCCCAUCCUUCAUCACCACAUACCGCACCACGAGCCGAUUCAUCACCACGAGCCGAUCCAUCACCACAUUCCUCAUCAUGAGCCCAUUCAUCAUGAUCAUUACGCGUUCCCCGAGUACAAGUUCGACUACUCCGUCCACGACCACCACACGGGCGACGUGAAGAGCCAGCACGAGAGCCGGCACGGGGACGUGGUGAAGGGCGGCUACGAGCUGGUGGAGCCCGACGGCAGGGUGCGCAAGGUCGAGUACAAGGCUGACGACCACACUGGUUUCAACGCCAUCGUCCAUCACUCCUCGCCUCAUCAUCAUGUGCUACUCCUGGCUGCAGUAUGGGCGUGCGCGGCGGCGCACGGGCCGGCGGUCUCGGAGCAACACUUCGAGCGGCACUACCACCCCGUGCAGCGCGGGCACCACGGCCAGCUCGGGCAUAUAGGCGAGCACGAGCAGAAACAUCAUGAAGAAUACGUGAGUUUUUGGCUAUAG